AUGGCUGUGUUUAUAUCAAACAGAAAGCUCAUGUUAUUCUGCGUUCUUUUGGCAUUUCUUGUCACAAUCAUUCUCUCCCAAUUGCUGUAUAUGAAUUUGUUCAAUAACGUGGCCCAAAUUGUACCAGAACCUGUAAUCCGAAACAAAACUGUUGUUGAAGGGCCAAGCAGAGAGAAACAACAAGACCAGAAAAUGACCCAAACUGUACCAGAACCUGAAAUCCGAAACAAAGCUGUUGUUGGAGGGCCAAGCAGAGAGAAACAACAAGACGAGAAAAUUGUUCUUCUCUUUUGGUCGAGAGUUUGGGGUAAGCCAGCAAAAAGAGAAGAAGGAGUUUGGGAGAGGGGUAACGAGCCAGGUCAAUGUCCAGUGGCAUGUGAAGUUACAAUUGAUCAUUCUCGCAUUAACGAGGCUAAAUCUUUCAUUGUUCAUGGAAAUGAUCUGAAUCCAUUACCUCCUUCGAAACAUAUCCCCUGGAUUCUAUAUACCCAAGAGAAUCCUAUUCACGCUCCUGUUUUAGGCAAUCAGGACCUCAUGUCCCAGUUUCAUAUCUUGCACAGCUAUCGACUUGAUUCCGAUUUCCCAACCCCCCUCUUUUCCAAGCCAAAUCUAGAUCCGCCAUUAGCUUUCAAUAACAAAACUGGAGGUAUCAUGGCUGCUUUUAGUAACUGUGAACCAGUAAGAACUGCCUACUUAAAACAACUGAUGAAUUAUAUUAAAGUCGACUCCUAUGGCGGCUGUUUGCACAAUAAAGAAGGUUUGACAAGACGAUACGGUGGAGAUUAUAGGUUGCUGAAACAAAAUCUAGCGCGUUCCUACAAGUUUCUGACUGUAUUCUUUAACGAAGAUUGUGAUUAUUUUGUGGACGAACAAAUUGUUCAUGCAUUUAAUGCUGGUUCAGUACCUAUAGUCAUGAGCACAGACAAAGUAUACGAAUUCUUACCCGGAAAUCUAAAGGACGCAAUCGUGGAUGUUAGAAAUUUUAAGUCUCCGAAAGAUUUGGCUGAUCGCCUCACGUUUUUGAUGAGCAAUGAAAUGGAGUAUAAUAAGUUUUUAGAAUGGAAAGUGAAAGGUCUGGGUGAUAUUAGUGAUACAGUUAUAGGUAAAUUUUGGGACGAAAAAUUUGGUCAUUGGUGUCGGAUAUGUGAGGCGGUCUCUCAAGGAAAAUGGCACAAAGAAGGUCUUAAAAAAGACGAUUGCAAACCAAGAGACUACAAAGACUGGGGAAUAAAACCGUAG